ACUUCAUUUUUGAGAUUACUGGUCUUAAAAUCGUUUUUUUAGGUUAUCUGUAAUAAUCUAUGAAAAUGUCCAGGCAAAAUUUUGGUUAUCAGAAUAUGAAAUUUUAAAUUAAUAAUUGAAAUUAGUUAUUUGAUAACAAACAAUGAUAAGGUUUUAGAAAAAUUAAUGAAACCCGUCUCUACCACACUAAAUAUUCAAAUAAUCAUGAAGGUCCCAAAAUCAGCUCUGGGGGCUUUCGUUUCCGUGAUCUUAUUGUCAAUAUUUUUUGCGAACAUUAUUAAUUUAAUAAGCACAACACUGGUACAUCCCAAAGAUCACACAAAAGAGCGUUUCUUUAAGAUCGGAGAUAAGUUCGAUAAUCUGAUAUGGAUUUUGCAGAUAACGGACAUUCACGUGAGCAUAUUUCAAGACCCUUCAAGAAUUACCGAGUUUAAGGAAUUUUGUCAUUAUACCAUAGACAGAAUUAGGCCCAGUCUAGUACUUGCGUCGGGUGAUUUAACAGAUGCCAAAACUAAAGAUGCCAUCGGAUCUCAACAACAUGAGCCCGAAUGGAGACACUAUCGAGAUAUAUUAAAGGAAUAUGAUAUUACAAACAAAACACGGUGGCUUGACAUUAGGGGCAAUCAUGACAAUUUUAAUGUUGCCGAUAUAAAAUCAAAACAAAACUAUUUCUCAAACUAUUCAGUGCAAGGAAAAGAACAUCCGAGAUCCUAUAUGAUUCAGUUAAGGAAAGGCAAAAUUUUGUAUUCUUUCAUUGGAGUUGAUGCUUGUCUUGAACCUGGUCCAAGACGGCCCUUUAAUUUUGUGGGAGUCAUAGAUGAAGCUGAAGUCCAGCAAAUAAAUAAACUUAUUAAAAAAGCAGGUGAAUCAGGUAGUAAUUACACAAUCUGGUUUGGACAUUUUCCUACAUCAUGUAUUCUGUCAUCUGGAUCUGAGAACAUACGAGAUCUUAUUAAAAAAGAUAAGAAUGGUAUGGUCUAUGUCUGCGGACAUCUUCAUACCUUGGGAGGUCUUAUACCUUCUAUGUAUUCUAUGCAGAAAGGAGGAUUUUUAGAACUAGAACUUGGAGAUUGGAAAGAUAAUCGAAUGUAUAGAUUACUAACUAUAGAUCACGGGAUGUUCUCCUUUGUUGACAUACCCCACCGCAGUUGGCCGGUGGGAGUAGUUACUAACCCAAAACACGCCCUCUUUCUCAAUCCCCUAAAGGAAAACCUGGAAAAUAUUCAGCAAUCCACUCAUAUAAGAGUUUUAGCGUUUAGUUUAGCAAGAAUUAGAACUGUUAGGGUUAGGGUGGACCAUGAGCCGUGGACAGAUUGCAAGCACAUCAAGGGUCCUUUGUAUGUGGUCAGUUGGGAUCCUCAAAGGUAUUCUUCUGGUCUUCACCAGAUUGAGCUCUUCGUGAAAGAUAUAGAUGGCAGGGAGCUUUACAAAUCUCAACCAUUCUCCCUAGAUGGCACAAGGCUGUCUUUCGGGGUCCUUCCUAGAAUAGCCCUUAUGUCAAAUGCAAGUGAUAUUUUCCAAGGAUUUUUUAUUAGCACUGUAAUUAUUUACUCACUUCCCUUAUUUUUGUUGAAGUACUUCCACAACUCCAUCUUGGGAAACGAAAAGAGGUUAAAGGCCAGAGAUAAUUGUCUUAAUAAAUGGUUGAAAAAACUGUGGGUACUGACAACCGUUGACAGAAUAUUUUGGCCGGUUAUUUUGUACCCUAUAUAUUUGAUGAUUGGUCCUUGGUCCGUCGGCUAUAUUGUUGAAGACCAUAUUGGGGUCAUAUUCGCGUGGGGUAUUUUUGUCAAUGGUGCAUUUUUGCCGGGAUCUUUCACAUAUAUGUAUGGUUUUAUUCAGCUUGUAACCUUCCAACUUCCAUUCACACUAAUCAUGGUGAAUUUGAUCUAUUACAGGUUUCAACAGUUAUCCCUCAAGUCUGGUAAAAAACUAAAAUGGAAGGAAAGUGUUUGGUUACACCUCCCAUUUUCCGUGGUUUUUACCACACAAGUUAUAAUGGCGUAUUUAUUUUGGUUGGCGUAUGGUGCUCUGGCAUUUUUCCUGGGACCUUUGAGGACAUGGUCUCUGGUACUGGCAUCAGUUUUGUAUUUCUGGGCACUGCAUUUACCAGAGAAUCACUUAAGAUAUUUUCAGGAAAGCAACAGAAGUCUUACUAACUGAAGAUGACCCUAGUCAAGCUGAGGUCUACUUGGAACCCACAAAGUCAGAAAAAAAUAGUUAAAUUUAUUUGUAUGAAUAACAUGUGAUAUUGUUUUUGUGAUGACAUAAUUUAUAUCUUAAAUAUUGUAACACCUUUACUGUACUGUAGUUUAAUGAGACUGUCAAGUAUUAUAUUCUUUGUGACUAUAUUAGAAGUGUAAUAGAAUACCACUAAAACACUAAAAUGCUUUUGGAAGUAAUCAGAAAUUCUGGAAGAUCUACUAGAAGGAAAUGUAUUUUGUAAAAGGAAAACUUCCGCUAAAUAGAAAUAUGUUACCUAAAAAAUGGCAGUAGUUUUUCUUCUCCUAAAUGUAUGCGUUUAACACUGUCUAUUGUUAUCCUAGUUGGAUAUUUUGUUU